AUGAGACCGAUUAAGUUGAUGGGACACGAGCGUUCGUUGACGCAAGUCAAAUUCAACAGAGAGGGCGACCUCCUUUUCUCUGUGGCCAAAGACUCCUCCGCCUCUGUAUGGUACUCGUCCAACGGAGAAAGAUUAGGCACUUUGGAAGGUCACCAAGGUACCAUCUGGUCGAUCGACGUGGACCUGAAAACACUUUUGUGUGCGACAGGAAGCGCUGAUCUCACGAUCCGUUUGUGGAAGGCCGAGACCGGCGAGUGUGUUUACAAGUGGGAAACGGCGUCUCCCGUGAGAAGAGUGGCGUUUUCGCCCGACAACACCAAGUUGUUGGCAGUGACAGACAAGGUGAUGGGCAGCAAAGGUGCCAUUUCCGUGUACGACAUAAAUUACGACGACAUCACGGCGCAAAAGAGCGAGCCCAGUCUUGUGAUCGAGACCCGGCCCGACGCCACCAAAGUCACGAUUGCCGGCUGGUCUGCCGAGGGCAAGUACAUCAUUGCAGGCCACGAGGACGGCUACGUGAGCAAGUACGACGGUGUUCUGGGCGAGUUUCUCCAGACGGUGCAGGCGCACGGUAUCCACAACGAGGAGAAGGUCAUUUCCAUCACCGAUAUCCAGUUUGCUCCCGAGGACAGACUGUACUUCAUCACAGCAUCCAAAGACAAGAACGCCACGUUGAUCGACGUGGACACGUUUGAAAUAUUAAAGGUGUACAAGGCCGAUGCGCCAAUGAACACUGCUGCCAUCACACCAAAGAAGAACUUUGUCGUUUUGGGCGGAGGUCAGGAGGCCAGGAAUGUCACCACCACUGCCGAGUCGCAAGGUAAGUUCGAGGCCAGAUUCUACCACAAGAUCUUUGUCGACGAGAUUGGCCGUGUCAAGGGUCAUUUCGGUCCUUUGAACACCGUGGCCAUCCACCCAGACGGAACUGGCUAUGUUUCUGGAGGAGAAGACGGUUUCAUCAGAGUACACUACUUUGACAAGUCGUACUACGACUUUGAGUUUGAUGCUGAGAGAACCGAGAGAGUCAAGGCCCAGGCCCAGGCUGUUAAUUAG